AUGGUUUAUUUAUUUUUCAAGCGACUUUAGCAAACUUUUGCUGCUGCUGAUAAGAUGCAUCGCGCUCGAGUGAUAGCAUAAGGUAGUGCCGUGUGUUGAGUGUGUUUGUGUAUGUUUUUGUAAAAAACAACCUACCCUGCAUAUACGAUGAGCCGUUAAUUUAUAAUCAUAGCUUGCGACAGACACAACACAGCAAGCCUGUUACGCAAAGAAAGAAAUUUCCCCGAAAGUGGGCGCAUAGACGAAAAUGUCCGACGAUGACGCUCGUCUUGCCAGUGCUGCUCCAUCACCUAAUUGCGCAGAAGAUGUGACCACAUCGACCGAGCACGGUUCGCACGCGUUUGAGCAUUCCCACGGUAAAGGUGACGACGGAAAUGAUAAAAGUAUUGUGGGGAAAGCGAAAGUACAAACCACUGACGUAAGUGAACAGGCGAAGGACGAAAAUGUGGUGCAUACAAGUGUACCUAAAGCAGAUGGCCAUGAAACGCCGAAAGGAAAACGCAAGUGCGUCCAAUUUAGCACCACGGAGCACAGCGAAGCGGAGGAUAUGACGUUGCGCAAGUUUAUUGAAGGGGAUGAAAUAUUGGACAAAAAGAAUCCGUUCAAAGACGACGAUCAAGGUUGCUUUGUGCUCAAAAAGCGGGACAAAAUACAAGAUAAGAAAUUUGAUUCGAACGCGCACGAGAUUGGUAUCGCGCGAGAUGGUAACGAUGGCAACGACGAUGUAGACAACGACAACGAGUUCAUUACGAAGGAAGAAAUACUGCGACAAUCGAAGUAUGUGAAAACCUACAUUAAAAAUCCUGAUAAGCGGCUCAACUACGAUAAAAGUGUGAUACAAAAAUUGAACGCUAUAAAGGCGCAGGGGCGUGAAGUACGUGAUGUGGUGGUUAUUGAGUGCACCACACCACCUCCACAUUUACCACAUCCACAGGUGCGACCACCCAUUCCAGCACCGAGGGCCGUUUAUCAGCAAAGCGAUAGAAACAACAACAAUCGAAGCAAACGCUCACCGCAACAAGCGCACACGUGGAACCCUAAACCGAUGCCAAGGGCGCGUCGGGAAUAUGCGGAGGUAAAGGUGCGCACCGGUUCGGCCGAUGCCGAGGAGUCGCUGUACGAUUCGAACGAGGUGGUGCUGAAUGCGCUCAAGUUUGACAGCCGGUUUCGGCAGGUCGAAUUCGGCUCGCAGGAUGACAUUGACACGAUAGCAGAGAAGACGGAAGAUGCGGAUGGAAUUGAGGGAGCGGCAACGGGGGAAGAAACCAUUUCUCGUUCGGAAACAUCCACCGUAGCUUCAACACCCGCCAAGGGCCAACCCGAAGGAAAGAAGUCAACGUUUGCCGAGGAUGUUAAGAAAUCAUUUUCCAACACGGUUAAGAGUGCCGACUUUAUGAAAUAUCUGCAAAGCAAAGGGCUGUCGUUGGUGCCGGCCAAACAGCAGAAGUCAAUCGACGGUUCCAAACGGCCGGAUGUAAAAUCAAUCGACAAAGGUCGCACGCUGUCCAGUGUCUCCAGCCCAGUGCCCGUAACACCACCCCGACAGCAAACCAAGCUCUCGGUGCUAACAAAGUUCCUCCAGCAAAGCCUCUUCACGCCAAAAACACCAAACGAUCCGGCCUACUCGUCGUUCUUACCCCGGUCUUCCACACCAAUGCAUGCACGGACUCAACUUCCUUUACGAAAUGGUCACACCGGGACCAACUACAACGGCUCUCUCGUCAAACGAUCCGUCUCGGUGGACGCCAAACCAAAGGUUAAUUUUAAACAGUUCGAUCAGGUUGAUGCCGCUAGCAUCAGGCGGCCCGUUUCAGUGAAUGAUUUCGAUCGACCGAAGCUUCGCACGGGUUUCGCGAACCAGUCAAUGUCUAGAAUCGAGUCGGCGAGACGUCCGGUUAAAAAUGCUGGCGUUCAGGUAAACCUCGCGAACGGCGGAUCCUCGGUAGCGAUAGCUGACGGCAGAGUAAUUGCUGUAGCGUUGCCGCCUAGACCAGGUAGCUGGCAACCCGUGCCUAACAAUAUGUCUAACGCAGGGAACCAACGAAUGGACAACCGGUUCCACGGAGGCGCUACUUCUUUGCAGACAGUUGCUCCGCUUUACGCAGAACCGCUCCGUGAAAUAGCGAUUUCACCGAUACCAAUGGGGAGGAAUCGGUCGGUCGUAGACUCCGGGUAUCACAUCUACGAACAGACGCCAGAUAAUUUGAGACGUGAGAUGCUCUACGGUAAAAUCGGACAUCAUCCUAACAACGGAUGGCACUCUCAGGACCGUCGUUCGUUCAGUAGCAUGCAGGAGGGUGGCGUUGCGAUAGGAAAUGGUACCUACGGACGCCUUCGUCCACUUUACGUCUCGUCGCCACUCUCUACCCAAUCAACGCCAAUCCGCCGAGCCUCGGAAACAUUCGAUCGCGAACAAAUCCUUCACCGGGUCUACGAUUUCUGCCGCCGAUCGAUCCGGAACAGUAAAUCGAGCAUUCGUUCGAAUCAAACGGAGCCGCUCUACCAGGGCACAACUCCCAGCGUGCGCAUGGUUGGUAAUGGCUCGACGUUACCCAUCGAGCGGCCACGGGUACAACGUGUACAAAGUUUGAGCAAUCCCCGCACACCCACGGGAACAACGAACUACACGAGAGCAGCCGGAACGAUGGGUUCAAACCAGCCUCCUUUAGCACGCCGCAACCAACACGAUCGUAACAUUGAGAACAUUUACGCUUUUGUGAACAAAAAAAUGAGCCAGAUGAGCGUUAGCAAUGGAGUAGCCAAAGGGGUCGCUGGAAGCACCCCGUCGCUCCAUACGGCCCCCUCUACCCUGCGGCGGGUAACGUUUUCUCGGGCGAGCGGACCGGAGAAUUCCAUGGAACACGGGUUUGAGGAAGCGGACUAUGUAAACAUACGAGGGGCCCCCGAUGAGGAUGACUGGCAGAAUGAUAAAAGUAACAGGAAUCCGCCGAACGAUCAAGCGAUCGAUGACAGGCGACGGUCGGCGCGGAGCCGCGAAGAUCCCCGGCGGCACACCCUCGGUGGGGAUAUGCUGCAAUACCAGGCCCAGCAGCAGCCUCCCAACAUCCAGCGGUCGCUGGAGUUUGAGACACCUCAGAUGCGCGUCUACACACCGACCAACCAGGGCCCACUGUUCGACGAUGAUCCGGGCAUCAUGUCGGAGGCGGAAACGGCCAGCACCGGAUUUCGGCGCGGUGGCAAGCAGCGAUCAUCGCUCCCCGUGGUACGGACGCCGUCGAAGACGCUCGAGCGUCCACUAGGGCUAGUUUUUCUGCAGUACCGCUCCGAGACGAAGCGGGCGUUGCUGCCGAACGAAAUCACCUCCAUCGACACGGUUCGGGCUCUGUUCGUGCGAUCCUUUCCCCGCCAGCUCACCAUGCAGUACCUCGAGGGCCCGAACGUGAAGAUCUACAUUCACGAUUCCAGCAAGGACAUGUUCUACGAGCUGGAGGACGUUAGAUCGCACCUGCGUGAAAUUCGAGAUAGGUCAGUGCUGCGGUUGUUCGAAUCGAACGAAGUCAGCGCUCCGCAGGUGUUACCGGGUGGUCAGAACAUUCCACAGCCUCUUCAACCGGCAGCUAUUCCGAAUCAGUGGGAUCAGGAGCAGAGUUACUUUAGCGAGCCAGAAUUUGAUUCGGAGUAUCAACAUCAGCAUAUUCACAAAAGCAAGCAACCAACGAAAACUCCCUAUUAUGUCGGUACGACCCAGACGCUACCCAGAGGAAUGUAUUCGGACCGCGGCAAGGGUGGUGCGAUAGGAGUAGCAUCGAAGCCGAUCCGUUCGUACGGUUCGCGGACUAACAUGGCGGCUCCCAUCCCCUACACCACGGAGCAGCUGUACAACAUUCCAGAUGGAUACAUGAGCUCGCCGGAACGGAGCGGAGCGUCGAGAGGAGCGUACGAGGAGCCUUACUAUAGCCAAUACGGUACCCGUUCCGCGACCGUGACGCCGAUUAUCGACGAAGAGCAGGGGGAUAUCUCGAUCGCGGACGAUCAGUACGCCAUGUACGGGGUGAAGAAUGUUGGACGGAUCCCACGAGUGCCACCAAACCAGCUGUACGACCACACGACGAGAUCGGAGGACCUGCACAGAAUACGCGUUGAGCAUAUGGAGCGCCAGCUGGCAAACCUCACCGGACUGGUGCAGAAGGCGCUUACCCAAAACCCUCAGCUACCGCUAGUUAACAACAGCCCCAAUAUUCUAAACAUCCCUGGACAAUAUCGCAACGCUGAAACUACUGGAGAUGGUACGGUUUGCACGCGCGAAAAACCACCAAAAUUGGGAAAAUCAACAUGUCAUAAAUCGGUUUCGUUCGAAAAAUCCGUCUCGUUCAGCGACGACAUUCAAGGUGUGCCAAAGUCCCACAGCCCGCAGCAUUCUGCUGAUACGAAACCGCCAAAGCCAGCGAUAAAAUCUUCCACCUUACCUAGAACUUCAUCUCAAGAACGUGACCGCCUGAAACCUCCACCGCCGCCGAAGCCACUGGUGAUGAUCGCGAGCAAUCAGUAUCGGACCGAUCUGACGCUUGCACCGGAAGUGUACAAUCAGCUGCGCGGUCUGCAGAAGAAGGCGAUGGACCUCCGCACGGAGGUGCGCACGCUUCGCCGGCUGACGCAAACCCAGGCCGUUGCCGUGCGCGAAGACAUCAAGGAUACGUUUAUGAGAAUACGUGCCACACUGCUAUCCAAUACCGGAUUCGUUUGGGGUCAGGGCGAUAAGGAAAGGACGAAUCUCACCCGAGAGGAGGAGAUUUACAAACAGGAAGUCAUUCGGUUGGAAAAAGAUCUGGCCGACCUAGAAUCGUCCGUAGAAGGCCUUCGGGGGGAGGUGAUCAACAGAAGAACGCGCGUCAAUAUGGUUGCCGUCGAAGACAUGGCGCUAGUUCUUAGUCGGGCGAGUAAAACGGUAGCCGAGUUGAAGAUGCGUUUCCCCGUCUUGCAGCAGGGGCUACGAAAUUUAAUUUCCAGUGAAAUGGAGCGUGUCUGCCGGGAAGAAGUUUUCCUCAAAGAUGAACCGGAUCGGCUGGAAAAUGCAUUGAGGCGAUGCAAAAAGCUAACCGGAACGUUGGUAACGCUCAAAAGACUUGCGAGCGUACAAGAGCAACGGCUACCCAUCCCCGACACGACGGCAACGGACGAAACGGCCAAACCGCCAGAAACACAUACCAACGUAAACAAGCCAAUCCCAAGCCCCCGCCUGGGGACCGUCGCUGCCGGUGGAGGGAUCGCCCCAGAAAACGCACUCGAUGCUCUGCUAGACGAGCUGCAGACCUUUGCCAAACCACCAAACGGUGUCAAUGAGCACCGUCCGGACGACUCCACUUCAGACGAUAGUUCUCAAACGCUGCAGAACAGCAUCACAACCAAAAUCUCCCAAUCGCAGCUUUACCCCUCGGAGCCCGUCUCCUCAAAUGUAGGCCUGCGGCGGCUUCACUCGUAUCCGAGUGGUUCGGAUACGGACACGAGCCCGCCGCAGCCAACUCGUCCGACCACCGGGAAGCCACCAGUUCCCGAGCGCAACGCCGAGCUACUCUCGAAGGUGAACAACAAGCGUGUACCACCGCCUCCUCCGCCUCGCACCAGCUCCCGCAGUCCACUGGCCAGUCCGACCAGCCCGCACGUCCCACAGCACCGUGGCCAGCCCACCGUAACACUGUCCGACUGCGAGCAGCAGCAGCGCACGUCCGAGGGUACCGACUCCGGCAGCGAGUCCGUCUGUUCGGACAACUCGCAGCGUCAGCUGGCGCUGGAGUUGCGCCACCAGGAGCUGCUGAAGAAGCAGCGCCAACUGCAGGAGCAGUACCAGCGGCUGCAGCAGAUGAGCAAAAACGCAGUCCCGAUGGCACCGGGCACGAUGAACCACGACAUCAAGAAGACGGGCAGUGAGUCUAACCUGCCGCUCAAGAUGGGCUACAACAUGACCGUUAGUGGCUCGAUGAAAAAUCUUUGCGGUGGCGGAGGUGCAGGAGCAGGAGGGCAUCCGGACGCCGGGUCGAACUUUGACCCGAACAACAUGGUCAACAACGUCGACCACUCGGAUGGGUCCGAUUCUAACACGACCGACGGUGGCAGUACCGGGACAAACGGGAACGCGGGCAGCUUACCACCACACCUUACGAAAACCACCAACAAAGUGUACGAAACGGACAUACUCUAAAUUUCUCACUCCUAUCGCAUCCAUUUUCCGAUUCUUUUGCCUAGCAAAACAAUUUAAACGAAAAAGCUAACUCUCGUGAACGUUAGAAAUUGAAAUGAAAAGCUUAAACGAAAUAAUGUCCAAACAAGCAAACACACAUCACUACAUGGAACGCAUUGCCUGGACACAAAUGUAUCGUCAGCUA